UUAAGCGACGGCGUGCGGUUCGUUACCAUGGUGUAUAUAUUGCGCAGGAUCUGGGCUACAGGCAUUAUCCUGGCCCUGAGUACCGUGAAUGCCUGGGCCAAUGGUGGGGACAUACCCCUUCGGUGCGACGAAUACGAUCCGAUGGUGGGCUACAUGGAUAUUAACGAGGCCUAUUGCACGGUCACCGGUUUCACGGUCACCCACAGCCAGAACGUGGUCAUAAAAAACAUACCGGCCGGCAACAUGGUCAAGUUUAUGAAAUUCUACAUGUCGACCCUGCUGUACAUGCCCUUCCACCUAUUCGAAACGUUUCCGUAUCUGAAGACCCUAGAUGUCUCGAACACGAAUAUCGUGGAGCUCACCCGAAACGCCUUCAGCGCGGCCAGCAAUCUGACGGUAUUGAAUCUGUCCUACAACAACUUGACCUCCAUUCAGACCUCGGUGUUCAUUGGAGCCAAUAUUUUGAUGCGACUGGAUUUGUCCUACAACGAAAUAGCCUCCCUCAGUGUCAACGCCUUUUGUGGCCUACAGACUAUUAGUCAGAUAUUUCUAACUGGCAACCGACUGAAGGAGCUGCACAGCGACAUCUUUAAGGAUAACGAGUACCUAGAGAAGGUGUCCUUCGAGGGCAACAUGCUAACCACCAUUCAGCCGGAGGUUUUCCGAAAUCUGCGCAGAAUCAAGGAAGUGAACCUCUCGAAUAACCAGCUGAUCCUCAUACACCCAGACACCUUCGCCGAGGCAGCCAGUCUGGAGAACCUAAUGCUGUCCUACAAUCAGUUGCAGAGUUUCAAGCUCACCGACAAGAACAUCGUGCAUCAGUUGCACUUGGACAACAAUAAUCUAACCACUUUGCUGGUCAAUGCCACUCGAUUCGUUCGUGCCAGCUACAAUCGAAUCUCCCAGCUACUGUUGUACCAGAGCCUGCACAUCGAGAGCAUGGAUCUGAGGUCCAAUAAGCUCACAAGUAUCUCGAACCUCACCAACAUAGCCUACUUAAUGCAUCUCGAUGUUUCCGAAAACCCCAUUGGUCCUUUGAACAUAACCACCUUCAAUCAGCUGAAGCGACUGCGGGGACUAUCCCUAAGAGGAACUGGCAUUCGGGAGCUGAAAUUUGGAAUGUUCUCCAAACAAAAGUACCUGGAGGAAUUGGACUUGUCGUUCAACAACCUGACCAGCCUCAAUCUGGACAUGUUCGUGCCCUAUCUGACGAACCUGAAGAAGUUCCUGGUGGACGGAAACGAGCUGACCGAACUUCAAGGAAAUCGCACCUUCUCGGAGACCUUCCCCAUGCUCCAGAAACUGGGAAUUUCGAGGAAUCGCUUUAACUGCUCCUACUUGCACCACCUGCUCAUCCCACCAUCGCUGGCCGAGUCGGUGUUGCUGAAUAUCGAGCCAGACAACAGCCUGGAGGAGACACCCCACAUCCGGGAUGUGUCCUGCAUCAGUCAGUCCCAAACUGCGGUGAACGCCUCCUUCAUGGCCGAGGAGUCCGUGCUGGAAGGUCACAUCCAGACGCUGUCCAAGCAGCUGGAAAUUGUGGGGGGCCACUCCAGGAAUCUGGAACGCCACCUGGCCUUCAUGGAGGUGUUCGCCUAUGUCCUGGGAGCAGCGGUCCUCAUCUGCCUGGUAGCCCUGGUCACUCUCCGGUAUCUGAAGAAUCGGCGAUCGGCUCGCUACGACCGCAGCAGCAUCGUCUUUCGUUCCACCGCCACAAUGGAUGCAAAUCUCACCCUCACCAAUGAUUUGGCGUAAUAUUCAUCUACAGGAACAUUAUUCUUCAAUAAUAUUCAUAAAAAUAAUAGUAAUAAUAAUACAUUAUAAUAAUAAUAUGCAUUUAUCUUAAGUUAAAGUAAGGCUUAUAGAAUAUUUAAGGACAACAAUCACAUUUUUUGAUGAGACUAAGUUUGAGAAGUGAAUCUGUUAGAUUUAUUUCCUACGAUUUUUUUUAUUAAUUUUUCACUAAAAAUUUAAAACUUCAAUUCAAUUUUCAUUACAUUUUGUAAGAUUACCAUCAAUUUAACAACUGGAUAAAUUGCUAAAUUUUAAAAAACAAACACGUCUAAAUAUAAAAUGAAAUUUUGAUGAAAACUGUUUCUAAGACAUAUUUCUAAUCUUUUUGAUCUGAUUUCAUAAUCAUCCAAGUUAUAAGUUUAUUCUCUAUAUUUUAAUGUAAAGUUAUAUUAUAGAAAUAUAAGUUUUAAAUAAACUCUUGAAAAUGAAAAGCGAAACAAACCAGAUACAUGUGUAUAAUGUGUGCAAUCUUUUUAAAAUAUAUAUAAAAUUAAAAAAAAAGUCAAGGAUCAUUUAUGGAAAAGACAUACAUACUCAUGAUAAAGUGAAUGAAAUGCGGAACAGUAAUUGAUAAAAUACAUGUGAGUUUGCUUGAAGGUUUUAUCAAAAAAGAGACUUCCUGCCUGCCAUUGAAUUCUGAUAAGCUUGAACUGCAAGACCUUGAAGCGAAGACAACAAAGUAAUGGACUAUCUAUAAAAAAUAUUAUAGACAAUAAAAGAAACUCUUAUUAAGUGUAGCAUAUCCUCAUAGUUUUUCAAUAUCACAGAGAACUGAACUUCCCUAAAGUUCUUAACAUUAAAAAAAUGUAGUUUACUAAAAAUAAACUAUUAAAAAAAAAA